AUGAGCGAGGGGGCUGCCGGCGCUGCGGCGCCCGGGGCGGCGGAGGCGGCAGCAGCAGCAGCAGCGGCGGCGGCGGGGGGCCCGGGCGGGGAUGGGGCCGGGGGGCCGCCGCGGGAGCUGCGCUGCAGCGACUGCAUCGUCUGGAACCGGCAGCAGACGUGGCUGUGCGUGGUGCCCCUCUUCAUCGGCUUCAUCGGCUUGGGGCUCAGCCUCAUGCUGCUCAAGUGGAUCGUGGUGGGCUCCGUCAAGGAGUACGUCCCCACCGAGCUGAUGGACGCCAAGGGCGUGGGGCAGGACCCCUUCUUCCUCUCCAAGCCCACCGCCCCCCCCCGCGGCGCGGAGACCACCGCCGCCGCCACGCCGCGGCCGCCCAGCCGCGUCAGCCCCCGCCUCACCACGAUGAGCCGGGCCCCCCCGCGGCCCCCCGGCACCCGCGGACCGGCGCGGAGCGGCCCGCGGCCCACCGCGGCGCGACACCCCGCCGCGCCCCACACGGCACCGCCCGCCAGCGGCCCCCCCGGCACCGCCGGCCGCGGCGGCCGGCCGCCGGCCGCCGCCCCCAGCACCCCGCCGCUGCCCGCUUGGCCCACUGCGGCACACGCUACCUCCUCCUACAAGAUCUACGUCCACGACUCGGCGCCGUCCUGGACCUUGUCUCCCUUCCAGGAGUCUACCACCACCACGCCGGAGGCCAGCACGACCCCCAAAAUCCAUACUACAACGUAUUCCACUGAGCGAUCUGAGCACUUUAAGCCAUGCAAAGACAAGGAUCUUGCAUACUGUCUCAAUGAAGGGGAAUGUUUUGUGAUUGAAACCUUAACAGGAUCACAUAAACACUGCCGGUGCAAAGAGGGCUACCAAGGAGUUCGCUGUGACCAAUUUUUGCCGAAAACCGACUCAAUCUUGUCAGAUCCAACAGACCAUUUAGGAAUUGAAUUCAUGGAGAGCGAAGAAGUGUACCAGCGCCAGGUGCUGUCUAUUUCCUGUAUCGUCUUUGGCAUAGUCGUAGUGGGCAUGCUUUGUGCAGCGUUCUACUUCAAAACAAAGAAACAAACAAAGCAAAUUCAUGAACAGCUGAAAGAAACACAGAAUGGGAAAACCUACAGCCUAAAUGCUUCCAGCAUGAUGGCGAAGUCAGAGUGUAUGGCACAAAGCCGGGUCCAGCUGCAAAAUUACUCAAAAACAGAUAGGCAUCCUCGGCCUAUUCUGGACAAAGUUAUGGAGUCUAGUUUUUCAGGCCCUCAGACUUUCCCAGAGGCCUUGUCUCCCGACAGAGGAACCCAGCCCAUCAAGCAACAUAGAAGUCUCUCUUCAUGCUGCAGCCCAGGACAAAAAAGUGGGAUGCUACAUAGAAAUGCCUUUCGGAGGACUCCUCCCUUACCUCGGGGUAGGUUCAAUGGAAUUACAGGACCAGCAUAUCAACAGCUAGAAGAGUCAAGGAUCACAGACCAGGACACAAUACCUUGUCACGGGUAUUCAUCCAGUGGUUUAAAAACUCCUCAGAAUACUUCAAUAAAUAUGCAACUGCCUUCAAGAGAGACAACCCCUUAUUUUAAUAACGUGGAUCAGAAGGACUUGGUCAGCUAUUCAUCUUCAAGGGCCAACUCCGUUCCCAUCAUCCCGUCUGUGGGCUUGGAUGAAGCCUGCAUGCAAAUGCAAAACGUUUCUGAAGUAACAGGCAUCAAAUGGUGCAAAAACUCCUAUUCAGCUGAACUUGUCAAUGUGAGUUCCCCAGUCAGUAAUUGUCUUAUAGCAGAACAACACGAAGUGAAAAUAUUGCUAGAAACUGUGCAGGAGCAGAUUCGGAUUCUGACGGACGCAAGGAGGUCGGAGGACUAUGAACUGGCGAGCGUAGAAGCAGAGAGCAGUGCGAGCGAAAACACAGCCUUUCUGCCCAUGAGCCCCAUGGCCAAGUCAGAGCGAGAGGCACAAUUUGUCUUAAAAAGCGAAACACAAAGAGACUCGGUAUUGACCAAGUGA